GUGGAACAGGUUUUUUUUUUUUAAGGCUGGAACUGGAUCAUACUUAUAUACUAGGAUUGCCAUAUUUUGAAGAGCAAAAAAGAGGACAUAUUCCUUAGGUCAUCCUCCUAAGGAAACAUACAUACAUUUAAGUGCUUAAUAUUUUAUUAUAGCACACUCACGUAUCAAAAUGUGUACACUAACUCAAAGAAAAAUAAUAUCCUAGUAAUGCUUUGAAACUGUUGGAAUAUAAUAUUUAAACCACAUUAAGUACACUUUAUUUUUUAAUCCUAAAUAUUAUUUCUAAUACUUCUAGGUUAUUGGGAAAUCUUCCAACGUUUGUGUUCAGCAUGCAGAACAUGACAUACUUCAGUUUUGUUUCCUAAAUGUAAGCCAAAAAUGUUAGAUUCCAGGAAACUCUUCACCAAGUUAAGGAGGGAGAGCGGAAGGACCGAGAGGCACAUGCCCAGGGCCCAGUGCAGGCAGGGGGGCAGGGGAGAGGCCAAACUACAGGAGCUGCACUCCAGCGGAGGAUCCUUUGCAGCCUGAGAGCUUGGCUUCUCCUCCCUCUUCUCCCUAGCUCUGGAAUCCCAUUCUGCACACACAACAAACAUUUCCUCUGCAACCUCUUCCCUAAGUCUGACCAGUGGAGGGUGGUGUGGAGGGAAGAGGAGGAAGUGACUUUGGUGUUGCGGCUCUAACCUGCUAGCCAAGUCCCGGCAAAGCACACCAGCUCCAGCAGGGGCCCGGAAUUGACAGCUCCUUUUUGCUGCCGCUUCUCCCCUGCUGCAUGCACAACUUGCUCCCGUCAGUCAGCCGCCAAACCCAGACAUUUUGCUAAAUUUGUAAAUUCCGCCUGGAGAGAAAUUUUGACCAUGAAAAAGAGGACGUGUCCAGGAAAAAGCAGACAUAUGGCAUCUCUGUGUACGCAGAGUAUGUUUGGCUACUAAAUAUUUCUUGUAGGUUCCUCCCUUUUGCAGACUUGAUACAAAGAUUGCAUUAUUUCCUUUAGUCAGCUGUUGUGUGUUUGCAUCCUUGAUCAUUUAGAACAGCUGUGUGGAGCCUUUCUGUAGAACAGCCCCUGUCCAGUCAAUGACGGCCUCUCAUUCCACCAGCAGAGGAGCCUGGAAGGGGCUGGAAGAGGAAGGGCUUCCUUUCAUUUCAUUUCUCUUGUACCUCCACUUAAGUUUCUGUUCCUUUUUAAGGGAUGAAGUUUCACUUGGGGCUAUGGGUUGUGCUUCAUGAAGAACCCAGAAGGGCAUUUGCAGGGCAAGUGUGGUGCAGUGGUCAGUGUGUCAGACUAGCCCUUGAGUGACCAGGGUUCAAAUCCCCACUCAGCUAAGAGGCUCCCUAGGUGACUGGGCUAGUCACUGUCCCUUGGCUUCACCUACAUCACAGGGUGCUUGUGAGGAUAAAAAGAAAGACAGUUUCUUGAAGGAAAUGUGAGAUAGAGAUGCAAUAAUGACUCAAAGAGGACACAGGGAGCAAUACAACUGCCUCCCCUCCUCAAGAUGCAAAGGAGCUGAAUGGAUUAAUUUUUGCCCAUUUCUUUUCUUCUCACAGGCUGGGUCUGUCUGCCCUUGGAGAUGUUUAAAUAUCACCAAAGGCCAAGCUGGAGCCUUGGGUGCCAGAGCAGGUGCCUUAAAGCAGUUUCUGGUUGGCAGUAGCUCGUCCAUCAAGCAAUGGGAAGGUGGGCUUCAGUUCUGUAGUUUGCAUCCAGGCAGGGAGCAAGGUAGAAGAGCAGAACUACUUCACAAAUGACUGGGUGACUCUUUUAACACUUUCAUAACCAAGCUCAGAGCUCUCAGCAUUUCUUUGAGGUCUCUGGCAAUUUCCUCUACUUCUCAUCUCUGUUCAACCAAAUACAUGAACUAAGUAGCUGAAGUGUCCCAUUCUGCAACAUGAUGAGACCUUCACAACAAAAAAUAACAGAACCUUUUAAGUAAUGACUGCAUCCAUCUGUUCUCCAGCAAGCUAGGUGCUGCUCAUCCAGGGCUCUGAAGCAGAGUCUUAAACUUGCAUUGUAGAAUCUCAGUGGAUUUAUAUAGUGUGUAAAUCUUGGCUAUCUCCUCCAUGUGGGUUGCCUUUGAUUCACAGCCAUUCUUUGACCUCAGGAGCUGCCCUGGUAUGAUGUGAACCAGCUUCAGACCUUUUACAGGGGAAGUAGUGGCUUUAUCCAUCAUGUGACAUAAACAGAUGGGUGGGUUGGGAAGGGCUCUAAACAAGCAGAAACCAUCUCCUAAACAUGAAUAGUCGCAGAGGCAAAUAAAUCCUUUUAAGGCAAGACUUGAAUAAACUAAGCCAUUUUGCUCCUGCUCUAGCCAUUCCACGGGGAGAAGAAACAGAGUCUGCAGCCAGCCUCCCCUUGAUCCUUGCCCUUUUUUGAAACGCUUUUGCCAGCUGGCUGCCAAAAAUAGCUUCCAUUCCACACCAUAUUUGUGCAAGAGACCAGAAGUGACUUGGAAGCCGUUCAGGCCUCCUGUCUUGCUGCUGAAACAUACAAUGCCUUCUCCCUGUAGCCACUCAGUGGCAAUGCAUAUCACACAGAUGAAUUGGGAAUGCCUUCUGCACAUCUUCUCCUUUCUGGAUAAAAAGAGCAGGAAGAAUUUAGCCCAGACUUGUGUUAAGUUGUUCAGGGUCUUUCAGGAUCCCUCGUUGUGGCCUCUGCUGCAUUUUCAUUCUCCUGCAGAACUGACCAAGAGCAACUUUGUUCUGGGACCAGCCUUACGCUACCUCUCCAUCUGCUGGCAUUCCAGCCAAGUCAAAGUGUGCAACGUUGAGAACUGGAUGAAGAGCACCUUGCAGCAGAACAUCUGCAAGACCCACGAGCACAUAGUCAAUAACUUUUUACACCAGGUUUGCAACAGAUGCCCAAACUUGCUGUCUUUGGUGCUGUCUGGAUGUGGCCAUGUCACAGACGAUUGUAUCACACUGCUUCUGAUGAGCUGCUCCUGUCUGAGCACUCUCCAACUUGAAAACUGCGUCCAGAUAACUGACCGGACUUUAGAAGCUGUAAUCCUCUAUGCUACAUCUUUAGAAAUUUUACAUGUGGACUUCUGCAGGAAUAUAACUGAGGCUGGUUUGCAGCAAGUCCGUAAAAACCGUCCACUGCUAUCUCUAAAAGCAGAGAGAAGUGCAGACAUGAUCCCAGACAAAAAGCCAGGCAGCAACUUGCUUGCAGAAAGAGCGUUCAAGAAGCUGCUGUGGCACUAAGCCAAGAGAGGUGGUGCCGGGCUGUGUGUUCUUUCUGUUGUGAUAUGGUGACCAUGUACAUACAAAACGAGGGCAAAGUGACCUGUCUGUUCUCCUGCACAAACUCACUAAAUUGUGAAAAUGGCAAAGCCCUGGAGUUAGGUACUCGGCACUGGCAAUCUCACACCUGACUGAAAAGUUUGCAGAGCCAGAGGAAUUUGUGAAGGGCGUGGGGACUAGUUCCUGAUGGUUUGGGAACAUUAAAUGUUCAAUUUCAAGUGCA